GAUUCAUAGCGUUCUUUCGUACAAAUUAUAGGUGUGCUACAUUCGGUGGGAGACAGUUUUCUAAGCGAGGAUCUCGUGUGGUUUGAAUAGUGAAACUGUGCAAAAAACCGAACGACACGGUACAAAGGAAUAAAAAUGCGUGUCAAAAGUAUUUUAUAUUACCUUGCCAUUGGUCUAUUGAUCAUGGGAAUGUUUAUGGAAGAAGUCGAAGCAAGACGUAAAAUUCUAAGAGGACGAAAAACAAUAACCAGGCGUUACUACAGAGGCACGGGAAUUCCGGCUUGGUCAAUAGUUCUAAUAUCGGCAAUCGGAAUGUUGAUUGUUGGCGGUGUUUUGUACGGUUUACUGAAAAGAUUCAUAGUGGACAGUGCGGAUCUGGGCGCAGAGACACGUUCGUAUCAACCUGCCCUUCGAGAAGAAAUUUAAUUUCAUAGCAAUAUACGCACUCCAAUAACCACCUGUUUUAUUAUUAUCAUUAUUAUGUGUAUCGUAAUACAUUUAUUAUUUCAUAUAUUUAUAUAAUAAUCACAUCGGAGAAAUUGACACUCCGUGUUAAAUUAAAAAUUGUUUAUUAUUA